UGUGUGUGGAGUAAGCAAUACUCUUUUGGGCAGAGCAUCCAGCUUCUAUUUAAACACCGAGAACUGAAUCUCGGGGAGCGCGCGUAGAGGGCGCAUCGUCCCCACUCUGGGACGGGCAAAGCCGGGAGCGGAGCCUCGGAGGCCGCAGCGCGUCCCUCCCGGCGGCCCCGCCGUCUCAUUUGCCGCUCCCGACGCGUGACCCCGGCGCGCUCCGGUCCCGGGCCGGUGACAGGCGCAGGGUGCACCAGGCGGGCCCAUGUGCCCCCUCCCUCUGGCGGCCGCCGCAGUCGCCGUGCCCGGAACCCCGCUCCGUCUCCUCGGCCGAGGGCUCGCCGCCGCCAUGUCGACCGCCGGGCCACUCAAAUCCGUGGACUACGAAGUGUUUGGGCGAGUCCAGGGUGUCUGCUUCCGAAUGUACACAGAAGGUGAAGCUAAGAAAAUUGGCGUGGUUGGCUGGGUGAAGAACACCAGCCAAGGCACCGUGACAGGCCAAGUGCAGGGCCCGGAAGAGAAAGUCGAGUCCAUGAAGUCCUGGCUGAGCAAGAUUGGGAGUCCUAGUUCUCGCAUUGACCGCACAAACUUUUCUAAUGAAAAAACCAUCUCCAAACUUGAAUACUCCAAUUUUAGUAUUCGAUACUAAUAGAAGAGAAAGAAACACUGUAAUGCUUAUGCUGCAUGGCAGACACCAUAUGUUCUUAGGUCUACAUACAAGAAUAGUAGUAGAGUGAAAAAAGGGAAUUUUCAGUUCUGAAAGCUAGAAAACUAUGUAUGUUACUAAAAAUAUCUGACACGUAAUUUCAUUCAACCAUGUUUUUAACAAAAACUUAUCAGAUAAAAAGUCAUUACAAAAUGUCUAAUAUGAAAAGUCCAUUUAAACUUGUCUCCUGGAGUCUUUAAUUUCAAUGGAGCCUAUAUGUUAUUUGGGACAUAAAGUUAACUAUAUAAAAAUUAUU